GGCCAGAUUUUUCCCGAAUUUUUGCACCUCUUCAUGUAUUUCUCCGUUUCAUUAUUCUAAUUUAACGAGAAGUUUUGUAUCAGACUCUUGUAGUUUAAGCACAUUUUUGGAAACCUUUAGAAAUUCUACCUUGGAUGUUCGACGUUGCUACCGUCUUGUGUUUUUCAAGAAACUUUUCAGUUUUCUGACUGUGACUGAGAAUACCUUUAUUUAGUGUCAUUAUCGUCUUCACAGUAUUUUUAUUGACUGUCUGUCACGAGGAUCGAGAAAGGAAGAGACUGAGACUCGUGAAAAGGUGCUUCUUCCUCCUGUCAGCAUGAUAGCACCGGAAAUGGUCACCAAUCCUGAUGAUUUUGGCGCUGGACCCUCUCUGUCUUUUGUGAAGGAUAUUCAACUCAUGUUGUGGGGUCUGGGUGACAGUCAUAGACCAUCUAUCGCAACUGCACAAUUGAUUGAAAAUAUCGUGAUCCAGCAGAUGUUCUCCCUCCUCUCACAAGCGCAAGAGAUUGCGGAGCUUAGGGAAUCUGCAAGCAUUGGAGUCCAAGAUAUUCUCUUUCUUCUAAGGAAAGAUAAAAUCAAGAUCCAAAGAUUAAUGAACUACUUGGCUGUGAAGGACGUGCAUGUGAAGCAUGCUGCGUUAGACCCCUUGAAUGGAGACACUGGAAAACCUUCCAAACGGAGAGAGAUAUGCCUUGAUUUUCUGGAAUAUCUUGGCAUUGAAGUUACUUCAGACCCACCGGACGCAAUUAAGCUAGAGCGAGCGGCUCGUGCUGAUCAAAUGGCAUUAACUCUGUCAACUAGGGCCUAUUUGGAUUUCCAUCUGUCUAGGCGAGUCACCUUUGGAACAUCUUUAGAUUUGCUCCUGGAGCUUAUUUCUAGUCAGUAUGAAACAGAUUUUGUCGUCAACAACCUAGCCACCGACAUCAUCCUAUAUUUGGCAAAGGAAACUGUCGCUCAACUUGUAGACUUAGCUCUUCUGAUCAGAAUGGAUAGUCAAAGCAGUUCAGAUGAUCCCUUUACGAGGGCCUCAGUGUUGUGUAACCAUGCUGUGAAUCGCAAGAACAUUUACGGUUCUGCCAACCAACAAAUUGAAGGCCCACCUGCCAUCAGCCCUGAAGAAAUUCAAGAGGUAAUACGGAGGUAUUGGUCAACGCAAACUUUCGCUUUUGGUAGUUUCACAAGGAACAUCGAUGCCCGAAUCUAUGAAAAACUGCUUGCUUGUUGAAACGAAGUACUCCAUCAAUCAUUCAUACUUGAGGUCAGCCAAGAUUAUUCCUGCUGUUUGUGGCAAUCUGAGGAAUCUCAAAGAGUCUGAGACAAAUGCAAUCAGAAUUUAUGGUAAUCAUGAUUAUUUUGGGCAGUGAAUGUCUGACUUAGCAUUGAUUUUAAAAACAAAAUGAUCUGAAGAAUCUGGUGUCUGAUAUUUCAAAGGCGUAUAAGCUCUGAAAGUUUGGAGCUCCAAUCAAAAUCAAGAUGAUAAAGUGAAGUCAGUGACCUAAAUUUUUUUCCUGAUCAAAUCGCGAGGAUACAGGAGCCAUAAUCAAAUAUACUGAAAAGUAAUGUUUUGUCUUUCCUGCUUAAAAAUUUGAAUUUUUAUUUGAAGCUUUUCACAAGCUGUUUGAACAAUUUAUUCAUUUAUUUACAGUAUCGACGGGUCAUGAAGACCCAUUAGUAAGAGAAUGUUACAAAAAAACGAAGACAAGAACAAGAUGGCAACAAGUUCGAGAUAAGCUUCAAUGAUGCAAACAUAAAUAAAAACUAGAAUACAACAAUAAGUUAACAAAGUAACAAAAAAAUGUUCGUCAAAAAUGACUCAACAAUAGGAAAAUAAACGAUUUAAUUUAUUAACUAGAGAGGUUGGAGAGGAAUGACCUCCUAGAGGCAGUUUUAAAAUUACCAAUUUUAGUAUUAAAAAAAUCAACCUGUAUAGAGUUCACGACUUUACUCAUACUGAUGACCAGUGACCUAUCAGAACUAUUAGAAUUAAAUGUGAUGUUCCUAGCUCGCAAUAGCCUGGCUGGCACAGCUAAUUAAAUUUACUGAGAAGUUCAGGUGAGUUAGUGAAACCGUGAAAGAGCUUAAAUAGAAAUUAGUAAUCAUAGUAGCUACAUGUUUCAGCUAGCCCAGACACUUUGAUAGAGGAGUAAAAGGGUACAGGUCAUAAUCAAAGAGUGAUGCAGGUUCUCUACUUUUAAAAGAAGUGAAUCUUGGAAAACGUCUUUGAAUUCUUUCAAUUUUUGCAAAGUUGCCUUUAGAAAUAGGAUGCCAUU